GUUAACUAGUCCACACCUGAGUUCAGAGUCUAUGUUUACACAUGGGGCUGAAACUAGGUCAGAUAUUUGCCCAAAACAUGUAUAAUGAUUAGCCACAAUGUAAACCAUUUUGAAAGUAGAUAAACAAGUUAGAAUAUUUCAUAAGAGUAGAUUUUACAGUCUAAUAUCACAAUCAGGGUUAAUCAUUUGGUGUUAUGGUAUUAUGGCAUGGACUCUAUGUAACCCAGGUCAAAGUUCUCUCAAGGAUUACUACCUAUUAGUUAUGGAACUUAUUAACCAGGUCAGGGACUGUUGGCAGUCUCCAGCUGUUGGUAGUUAUGCUGUAAUCUUUGUUCAGUGACCCCUGCUGUAUGAGCACAUGUCAAUCAUUGCGUGCUGGAACACAGUGGGUAAUAUGCUGCUUGUGGAUGUAGGAGUUUCCUGAAAUACACCAGAGCUGCAAAUUAAGUAUCUGCUGUGAGAUAUUGACUUGAACUUGAAAUUCUAUUGGUGGCUGCUAGACGCUACAAACGUCUCACGUGUUGUGCAUUUCAUUUUGUGCAUUUCAUUUUGUGCGUCACAUGUGUUGUACAUGUCGCUAUUGACGAGUCGAGUAUAAGCAGCAUGGAGAGCGAUAGUAUGUUGAAUGAGAAAUUUAAACGUCAGGAGCAUGAAAAGGACACAGAGGUCAAGAUGGGUUUGUGGAGUCAGAUGAAGACCUGGUUCAUCCUUCAUCUGAUCAUCGGCUACAUCUUCAUUGUGAGCGGACUUAUCGUCACCUUCCUCAUGCUCUGUUCAUGUGUCAUUUGGCCGUUCAACAAACAUCUGUACCGCAAGGUCAACGUCCUUUUGGCCUACUCCCACUGGUGUCAUUUCACAUUCCUGGCACAAUGGUGGUCAGGCUCGGACUGUCUCCUGCAUGUCAGUGAGGAGGAUCUGAAUAUGAUCGGCAAAGAACACGUUCUCGUCAUCAUGAACCACAAGUACGACAUUGACUGGCUCAUGGCCUGGAUACUGGCAGAGAGAUUCGGCAUGUUGGGGGGCACCAAGAUCUACGGCAAGGAGAUGCUGAAGUAUGUGCCUCUGAUUGGGUGGGCGUGGUACUUCACCGAGAGCAUCUUCCUCAAGAGGAAGUGGGAGUCAGACAGGAAGACAUUAGUGGAAGAUUUACAACGCGUAACUGACUAUCCGGAUGACUAUUGGGUUACACUCCUGCUGUUUCCGGAAGGGACGCGGUUCACCGAGUCGAAACACAAGGCCAGUCUGGAGGUAUCCCGGGCCAAGGGCUACAAGGACAUGAAACACCACCUGCUUCCCCGCCCCAAGGGCUUCAUCCUCUCUAUCAACGGCUUGAGGGGGAAAAUACCUACUAUUUUGGAUUUAACAAUUGGAUUUGACCAGGCGGGCCCAGAGCCGACGUUGAUGAAUAUAUUACAGGGAAAACCUCUGUCGUCUCGACUCCGUGUCAGGAGGAUUAAUCUAGAAAGCGUCCCUGUUGACACAGAUGCUCAUUGUGCGGAAUGGUUGAGGAAUCUUUUUCAUGAAAAGGAUGAGAUUUAUGACCAUUUUGUUCAGACAAAUACAUUUGAAGGUAAAGGCUAUCACAAACCGCGACGCGUCCAGGACCUGAUAUUCUUCCUGAUGUGGGCAGUGAUCACUUGUGUACCGCUGUUCCACUACCUGGGAGGAAUCUUCCUGUCAGGUUCCCUCACGCAGCAGCUCAUCUUUGUAGGCGUCGUCGCAAUAGCAUCUGUUGGAGUUCGUAUGAUGAUUGCCGUUACAGAAAUUAAACAAGGUUCCGAAUAUGGGAAGAAAGAAAACUAGCCCUCUCACAGGACAGGGAGAGUCCUGGCUUUCAACUGCCCAUCUUUUUCUACAAUUGCAAUCACCAAAGUGUGUGGCACUUCAUUGUAUAUUUUUGAGACAGAAUUUUACAAACAUGAGUUCUAGUUCUCAAAUGUGUAGUUUUGUAUGAGUGUGAAAAUCUGUUUUAUUCCAACCUUGCCAUCAACAAAAUGCCCAUUGAUGAGUUUCGUGUGUAUCUUCAUGUAGUUUAUUGCCGAAUGUGUACUGAAUGCUGCUCAGUAACAAACAUACUUGUUACCGUUACGUUUUAUUAUGUUGAUUCAUAGUACAUGAGAAUAUGGUUAAAAAAUAUAUACUGAUAGGUAUAUCAAGCAUUUAGUUUGAGGUAUAUUCUGAAAACUGACGUUGAUUUCUUUAUAUUUUUAGAUGGAGUAAUAUCCUGUGUUUGCAUGAUUUUAAUUCAUUUAUUUUAAAUCUCUCUGCAUUUUAUGGGAUUAAAAUUUGAAUGAAUUGCUAAUUAAAGUUUAAGCACAUCCUGAAUCAUAUGCCCAGAGGUAGAGUUGGGCUCAAAAUAAAAAAAAAACUUUAAAUUUAGAGACAUGCAAUAUGAUAAAAUUGGGUAUAGUCAUUACGUUUCCAUUAAUUUAACAAGGAAUGAAACUGGUUUGGCUGUAAUACUCAUUAUCUUUGGUUUACUGUUACAUGUGAAUAUGUUCACUGAUGUCUGGUCAUGCUCACCAUUAUGAAGCAUUGCAAAAUAUUUACCUAACCAAAGUCUGCAAAAAACUGAGUGAAAAUUAACAGGAACGUUACGAUCAUGAGUAGGGCUGGCUUAUCGACACAGAUCAUAGAGAUCAAAUAACUGUUAACUAAAUAUCGAUAGAUUAUCGUUAAUUACUGGAGGCAAUACUUUUAGGAAAAAUGCCCCCCAAAUGUCUGAAAUAAAUAAAUAUAUUUAACAUCGCAGGUGAGUGGCAAUGAAUUAUUAACAAAACAGCAUCCUGAACAUAAUUUUGAAGCAGACCAUGAAUAAAGCCUUUGUAUAUUUUGUGAGAAAAUUAAAACGGUUUCAAUCUCAAUAGUUAAUGUAUGACAUUUUUCAUAUCGAUAAUCAUUAAUAAUUUUUCCUAUAGACGAUAUUUUCGAUUAUCAAUCAUUUUAGCCAGGCCUAGUCAUGAGAUAGUUUAACACACAAUAAAUAGAAUGCUGACACAUGUGAAAGGUUAUUGCAUAUGUUUGAAAAAAACAUAUGACCCGGUGUUGGAUUUAUGCACAGUGUCUUAGAAUGAAAGAACAGGGUAGUAGGUCAAGUAUUAGAUAUAUUGACUAUCGACAUGUAGUGCUUUGUCAUCUUUAUACACAAAGAUCAGUAGUAAUUGUUUUGUUACCUGUUCUCAUGAAUGAAAUCCAGUGUUCUGUUGUCCAUUAAAACAGAAAAUACAUGCAAAGAUAUCUUAUGAUUGAGGUGACUUCUGAAAUUGUCAUGCACAUUCGCAAACUUGGUAUGUUUUAUUGUUUGUGGAUUGUAUGGCUUGUUGCUUAUGAUAUCGACCACUGGUUUCCUUGCAGCAAACUCGAUGACAUACAUCCCUAUGUGGUAUGGUUGGAAUAUUUUUGUUUGCGGCAUAAAACAACAUAUCCCCAUGCUAGUUAUUGGUUCAUAUUGAUGGGUCACAAUAUUAAUUAUAAGAUUUUCAUCCAGUUUUAAAUAAAUAUAAGGUUGGAGGCAACUGAAUGUUUUUAAUGAGACAAUCAUGGCAUUAAGGGGGUGGUGGGGUAGCCUAGUGGUUAAAGUGUUCGCUAGUCACGCCGAAGGCCUGGGUUCGAUUCCUCACAUGGGCACGAUGCGUGAAGCCCAUUGCUGGUGUCCCCCAUCAGGAUAUUGCUGGAAUAAUUCUAAAAGCGGAGUAAAACCCAACUCACUCACUCACUCACUCAUGGCAUUAUGUAACAAUACCUUUUGAUGGGUCUGACUUAGAUGAAGAAUGAAUGUAUGGAAAGUGUAGACUGAAUUUCAUCCAAUAAUUCUCACAGUAACACCAUCUGUGGUUACGUUUGUACGAUAGCAUGAUGUGAGGGAGGGUGGUAACAAUAAGGAUGGGGAUGAAAAUCCAAUAAUUAAUUCAUUGUGACCUAACAUAUCUGCUAUAUGUACAUUGUUUGCAAGUUAGUAAUCUUAACUAACUCCUGGAGCCAUUCUGAUAAUCUCGAAUUAUCUGCCCUUGAUUUUCAAGGACAUUUUACCGACCAAUCAAACAUCACAAUAAGGAAAAGGUGAAUCAGUAUGAUGUGUAACCCAUUUUGAAGCCAGUUUGACGGAUGUGAAGACGUCCUUUCAUUGGCUUUUUCGUCAGUUUUCAAUGUGGAAAUUCUUGCAGACUUGAUCGUAAUGGUCCGGACACCACAUUGAGGCUGGUUAGUAACGCACAUACUGAUUGUUCUUACCCGUUAAGGUCCGGGUUCUAGAAUUGAUCUUCAGCAACCCAUGCUGUCGUAAGAGGCGACUAACAGGAUGGGGUGGUCAGGCCUGUGACUUGGUUGACACAUGUAAUCGUAUCCCAAUUGCGUAGAGCAAUGUUCAUGCUGUUGAUCACUGGAUUGUCUGGUCCAUUAUUUACAGACUGCCGCCAUAUAGCUGGAAUAUGGCUGAGUGUGACGUUAAACGACGAACAAACAAAGGAAGCUGAUUGUUCUGGAACGAUGAUUAGCAUGCAAAUGAUAUUCAAUCAUGAGAAUCAAGAGCAGGUGAUUUGAGAUUCUGACAACAACAGAAUGGCUCCGGGAUUUAGUGUAGGAUUGCCAAAAUGCAAUCCUCGGAGUUAAUUAGGUCGAGCCUCGUAGAAUAUAGUCUGCUGUUCAUUCCAUAACACGGGCUACUCUUAUGUAAAUAAGAGCCCUGCAUUUAUUUGUGUAUGAGCUCAGGACAAUUGUAUAUACUGAUGAUUUUAACACAAUAUAUUCACUUCUACUUUACUUGUUGAAUAUAUGCAAUUACUUCUACUUGUACAGUUGAUCCAGUUUGAAUGGAAUUGUGUAUAUUCUUGUACGUGUAUACUACUCCUAAGGACGUGCUUUUCAUUUGACUAUGGUUAAUCUGUCAUCACGUGACUAUAGACGUAUGUAUAGACAAUGGAUGUUCCUAUAUUCUUUUGAGUAGUCUGCGUCAUUAUUUAUUAGUUCUAAGGCUACGACAAAGUGAUUAUUUUGAAGUUGUUUGGUAUCCAGAUGAGAUAAUUCUGUAAUUCUGUCAAUGUAAAUUAAUAUCUGAGAAAUAUUAAAUAAUCAUUAUUAUUGGAUAUUUAUAUAGCGCACAUAUCCACGCACUAGUGCAUGCUCAGGCGCUGGUAUUUUUCCCCUCGAUCAUUGGAUGUCAAUCUCAACGGCACAUCUUAUUAUCAAUCUCAGCUCCC